AUAUAAUGGCGUCAUCAACAAAUGCCGGAAGCCAGGAAUGGUGUUUCCUCACGUGCGUGUAUCAACGCGCAAACAACAACCCUUGGUGUCUGCUUCUGUCGUCCACCCGGCAACUUUUAUUCAGUAAAAUUUCCUCAAAUGGUGCCUGGAAAAUGUUUGACCAAGAGUAGUCCACAUGACGACCUUUGAUUGACGCGUUUUGAAUAUUAUGAACGUGCUGGGUGCUGUCGCCUUGUGCGUGUCCACCGCUCGUCCGCUGCUCCUCGCCCGGCGUCGUUGUCCUCUUUUCCGGCCUUCCUGGCAGCCGGAUCGCUCCAUGGCCCACAACAACAUAAUGGGCGACAAUUUGGAGAAGAAAAGGCCAACAAAAGCGCAAGCGAAACCGCUGUUGCGGAGGCUGAAGGGCAAAGAGAGCCGCAGCAAACGCAGCGAUGUGCACGGCCCCGCCAAUGUGUACGUCCAAGUCGUCGGCGCCGGAUGUAGGGACAACGCCGCCUCACUUUACGUAUUCUCCGAGUACAACAGGUAUUUGUUCAACUGUGGGGAAGGAACACAGAGACUCAUGCAUGAACACAAGCUGCGAGCAUCCCGACUAGACAACAUCUUCUUGACCAGGAUGAGCUGGGAGAAUGUUGGCGGUCUUUCCGGGAUGAUCCUCACUUUGAAGGACACUGGAGUACCAGACUGCGUCCUCUCGGGACCUCCUCAGCUGGAGAGCUACGUGAAAGCCAUCAAAACUUUCUCUGGGCCGCUGGAGAGCAUCAAACUUUCUGUUCGUCCAUACAGUGACCAGACAUUCACGGACGACACCAUGACCGUUGUGCAAGUUCCACUCUUUGCAUCACCAGGAAACUGCCACUUGGAUUCUCCAAGAAGUCAACGUUCCCCAAGUCCGGCCUCCCCCAGGAGAGACGGCAAUGGCCCGGGUGAUGCCAAAGACCAACCAGAAGACAAAAUAAAUGUAACGAGAGACUCAUCACUGGUGGUUGCAUUCAUUUGCAAACUUCAUCCCAAGAAAGGAAACUUCUUAGUGGCUGAGGCCAAGAAGCUUGGACUUCCUGUUGGCACAGCAGCAAUCGGCCCACUUAUUGCCGCUCUGAAGUGCGGGAAAAGUGUCGUGUAUGAUGGAAAAGAGAUCCGACCAGAGCAGGUAUGCACACCUACCGAUCCGGGACCAGUGUUUAUCAUUGUGGAGUGUCCAUCUGAGGAGUUUAUCACACCCCUUUGUAACAGUCAGCACAUCUCAAGAUACCACAGCGGGGGGGCGGAAGAUGCUCCUGGACUGGUUGUGCAUAUAACUCCGGAGGCUCUUCUGAAAACGGAUCGGUACCAAGAUUGGAUGAAAAGGUUCCCAGCCAGCACUGAGCACCUGAUCCUCAAUGAGCACGCUGGUUCCGCCCACAACGUCCGCAGCCACAGGCUCCAAGCGCAGCUCAACCAGAUCCACCCUGACAUCUUCCCGAACCUCCAGACCUACAAGCCAAAUGAUCCUCAAGCGUGUUUGAACAUGUCUGUGGUGAGAGCUGAGUGUCUCCUCAAAUUUCAGCUGCGACCAGUCAUCGAGUGGCAAAGAGAUGCCAUCCCCCCCUGCAUCCAUGAGGAGUUUGUCAAAGAGGCAUUGGACGUCCCCAACUUUUUGCAGGAAGUCGGCAAAUGUCAGCAGCUACGUUCCAGCCGCAGUGUAGCGCCUGCUGAUGGUGCAGGACAAGUAGAGUAUCCAGAGUUUGUUUUCCUUGGAACUGGAUCGGCUUUGCCCAUGAAGAUCCGAAACGUCAGCAGCACUUUAGUUAACAUCAGCCCAGGCCGUUCACUGUUGUUUGACUGUGGCGAAGGGACCUUCGGCCAGCUGUGCAGACACUACGGCAAUGACGUAGAUGAGGUUCUGUCCAACAUCUCAGCCGUGUUUGUGUCCCACAUGCAUGCCGACCAUCACACGGGUUUGGUCCAGCUGCUCUACCAAAGACAACGUGCCCUGGCAACUUUAAAGAAGGCGUGGAAUCCCAUGUUCCUUCUGGCCCCCUGGGACAUGAUGAGCUGGCUGAGGCAGUAUCACGACGGCUGCGAGGAGAUCCUCCAUCACAUCAACUUCAUCCCAAACGACGUCCUGCGCCACAAAGCCGAAGCUCCCAAGCCGAGGACGCAGGCGUUUAUCAGAGCACUACUGAAGAACAACGGCUUGGAAAAGUUCCAGACAUGCACUGUGCGUCACUGUAAGAACGCCUUCGCCUGCAGCCUGACUCACACGUUGGGCUGGAAGGUGGUCUUCUCUGGAGACACGAUGCCCUGUGACGCCCUGGUGCACAUGGGGAAGGAAGCCACACUGCUGAUCCACGAGGCCACGCUUGAGGACGGCUUGGAGGAGGAAGCGAUGGACAAACGGCACAGCACAACUUCGCAAGCAAUUGACAUAGGCAUGAGGAUGCAGGCGGAGUUCAUCAUGCUGAAUCACUUCAGCCAGCGCUAUGCCAAGAUCCCGCUCUUCAGUGAGGACUUCACUGAGCGAGUUGGCAUCUCCUUUGACCACAUGAGGGUUUGUCUGAGGGACUUGAAGAUCCUCCCGGGUCUGAUCCCAGCACUCAAAACGCUCUUCGCCGAGGAGCUGGAGGAGAUGGAGGAGAGGCGAGAGCGACGGGAGCUCAAGCAGCAGAAAUUGGCAACCACCUCUGAUGGCAACGCAGAGCUGAUAGAUGGCGAUUCCAGCCGAUGCGCCAAACGGGAGCAAGUGGAUGAUGCCUCGGCCCUCCACACCAAGAGACUGAAGAGCAGCUGAUGACAUUCAGUCCACAUAUCUGCUUCUAGAAAAAGACUUUGAAUUACAGUGAACCCUCGCAAUUUGCAGUGGCAAAGGACCGAACGAGCCCUGCCCCCAAAAAUAGAUGUACCUCGUGAAAAUAUUUAGAAUUGCUAAUAGGUGCCACAUGAUGAUCAAUGAAGGAAACACCUUAACUCACUUCUACAUAGUUCUUUGAGACCAAGACAGUGGCAAAGAAUUAUGUUUGAGACCUCUGAACGCUCCUAUAGCUAUCCAUAGCUCCUUCACACCAAAUUGCUACAAGAUGGUAGAAAGUCGUGACAUAUUUCUAAAUAUUCCUCAAGUCACUUCAAUAUGGGUCCUUGACACAAAAAUGCCUAUAAAAUGGUUCCAAAGUACAGCUUUUGUCUUCUUCAACUGAGUUCUAUAUAGUUCAUUGACACCAGAUGUUGAAACUCAUUUCGACAUACGUUCCUUGAUACCAAGAGGCCGCCAAAGCACAAUAUUAGUCUAAAUGAGAAUCAACUUAAUGCAUGUAGUAUGUUGACACCAAGAAGGCACCAGAUGGCGCCAAACCACGAUUUAAUCUACUCAACUGAUUUCACUUGACUCAAAGAUGGCACCAAAGUUGUGCUUUUAUUUCUUGAGACCAAGUACAAAAACAAUGAAUGGUGAGUUUCUAACAGAUGAUAGGUCCACUCAAAAUUAGGCAAGUUGGAGAAAUACUGUAAAAUACUACACUGCAAAUAUGCAGGGUUCACUGUAUUUCAUCUAUACCGAAAACCUCGUUUGUUUUUUUUUUAAUCUCAAUGCAGUGGAUUUGUUUGCUUGUCUUUAACCCACACCUUCUGGAAAAGCUUUGUUGAUGAUUAUUUUUUUUUUUAAAUCUUUGAAUGAAUGACAUAUUCUUAGUUUAUUUAUGUUUAAUAGUUUUACCCUGUGCAAUGGGAACAUCUGGGGAAAACUAAAAAAAAUGAUGACUUAACAUGACAUUUUUUCAGUC